GACUAGGCUCUUUUUUAGUUCUACUCGUAAUAGCAGUAAUUGCUGUCCUGCUUUUCAGAUCAAGAAGAGGAAAACAUCCAAAUAAUUCUGCUCCUACGACGGCUACCGAUGGCUCUGAAAAUCGAUCGCCAGGCAAAGUCUUUUCCAAUAUUAUGCCUACGUCAACUUCUAUCGAGGAUCCGGAAGAAGAACCGCACGAAGAGGAUCCGGAAGAAGCUGUCUACUAUAAAAACCUAACAGUAGCUAAAGAUAUUCUGGUCAAAAAUUUACACGAUGUCAUAAAGCAACGAGAAGCUAAUAAAAAUGCAGGAUUUAUUAAAGAAUUCAAGUCACUUCCUUACGGUGAAAGGUUUGACUGCACGACUGCAAAACAGGAGGCCAACAUGCCUAAAAACAGAUUUAAAACAACUUUUCCAUAUGAUCAUUCAAGGGUUGUUUUAGACAUAAGUGACGGAUAUGAUUCAGAUUAUAUAAAUGCAAAUUUCAUUGAGAAUAUGGAUGAAAAACGAGAGUAUAUUGCAUGCCAAGGUCCUCGAAGUAACACUAUUGUUGACCAGUGGAGAAUGGUCUGGCAGGAACACGUGGAAUACAUCGUUAUGUUGACCAAUCUUAUUGAAGGACCAAAAGUGAAAUGUAAUCAAUAUUGGCCGAAUGAGAGCGAAGAACUAAGACUGGGUCCAUUCUCCGUGAAAUUGAUUGAAGAAAAAUCAUAUGCAUACUAUGUUCUAAGGAAAAUGACUCUUUCGAAAAAGAAGGUUUCUGGGUCAAGGACGGUUGUACAGUUCCAUUUCACAAGAUGGCCUGACCACGGAACGCCUAAUCCUUUGAACCUGAUCAUGUUUCUCAGACACUUCCGGCAUAAAAUAAGACCCACCAAUCAUCCAAUAAUUGUCCAUUGCAGUGCUGGAAUCGGACGAACCGGGACAUUUAUUGCUCUGGACGUUCUGUCGAGGUACGGAGAGGAACAUAACAAAAUCAACGUCAUCGAGUUUGUUAAGGCCAUGCGUAAAGAUAGGAUGACCAUGAUUCAAAACGCUGAUCAGUACGCCUUCCUUUAUCAUGCUCUGUAUGAGUACUUCAGGAGAAAGGAUAAUUUUGUCAGCAGGACAGAGUUUAUGGAGUUAUAUGGCGAAAUGGAGAAACCAGAAACACGAAAACGACUUAGAAAUGAAUUCAAUGCUGUAACAAGUUUAAAGCCACACUACACCACCGACGACUACAAAACAGGAGGGCAGAACAUGAAGCUCAGUUUUACCAAUUCUGUUUUACCAGUUGAAAGAUAUCUUGUGUAUCUAACAUCAACUGUGAAGGGACGAGAGCAAUAUUACAAUGCAGUAAAUGUCUCGUCGUUUACCAGGGCUGAAGAGUUCAUUUCUGCGCAAUUUCCGGUAUCAGGAGCCGCCAUUGAUCUCGCUCGUUUGCUGAUUGAUCAGGAGUCUCCAUUCCUGAUCUCACUGAACCCUUUAUCAGAAAUAAACGAGAUAAAAGAUUGGGUUGAGAACACUGCCAAGAAGAUUGAUUUGGCUCCAUAUGAAAUCUCAAAGAGUACACAUCAAAGGAUUACACACAACAUUCGAAAAACAGACAUUAAAAUCAAAAUGAAACACGAUGAAUGUCAUGAAGUACAGGCAAUUGAAUGUCUUGAUUGGAGUUUGCCUGAGUUUCUACCAGCACAAACCUCUUCAAUAACAAAUUUGAUAAAGCAGUUCUGCUCGGAUAGGAAGUCAAAUCCAGAUGGCCCUGUGACCCUUAUUUCGAAGGACGGAGCAACGUGCUGUGGCGUAUUUAUUGCUGUGUAUAACGCCAUAGAACAGCUACAGCAGGACGGUGAGGUAGACAUAUUUACCACAGUACAACAACUGCAAUGUCGCCGACCGGAAAUGAUAUCUACCAAGGACGAAUAUGAGUUUUGCUUUAAGGCUGUGUGUGAAUAUCUGACUUCGGACAGCAUAUAUGCCAACACUUAAAGAAUGAAUAUUUCUAUGGAUUGAAUCUUCAUGGAUUCAUGAAUAAAGCUACUUUAGCGUUUUUACUUUUGAAAUGUCUUUCUUACAGAAUGUAAAGGACUUAACUGACAUUUAUUUCUUAAUAUGUAGACACGGGCUCAUGUUGUAAAUUUGAAAAACUAUUGAGCAUAUUUCUUUAAUUCAUUUAUGCAGUCGAUUUCCGGAGUAAGAUUCAAUGUUUUUCGUACGAACGAUCUGUGUUUUUUUUUAUUUUACUUUCAAUCAGAAAAUAAUCAAUGUAAUGAAAGAAUGGAGGCGUACAAGGCGAGGACACCCCCCUCCACCACCCGCUCUGAGAAAAGUCAUUUUUCAAUUCUACAAGUUAUAUUUUUCAAAUUAUAUUGUUUAUAUAAUCUUUUACACUUUUAAUUCUGUUUUUCAUUGUUUUAAUAUUUUAUUAUUUAGUUUUCACUCAUGCUUUUAAGAUAUGGGAAAACAAAAAAGAAAAGGCUUCACGUAUGAUUCGAACUCUCUCCAUAGUGCAGGCUUUGUUCGAAGAUAGACCGCUUUAACCACUACGCUACGAAGUAUAUGCAUUAUCGACGUCGGUCAAUGUGAUUUAAAUGAAAGGAUUUUUUGAAGCGUACAUUUUUUCCAGAAAUUUUCGAUUUUCAUGUAGAAUGGGUUCAGAUUCCAAUUUUUGGACAAAUGAAAUAGAUUUUACAUUUACGUUUCCAUCAUUUAAGCGUUAACGAAAAAUGGAGACUUGACCCAUUCAUGUUCAAAAUUCAUUGUUUAUAGCUCCAAUAAACCCAUUUUCCACUAAAUAUGCUUAACUGUCAACUUUGAAAUAAAGAUUAUCAAAUAAUAAGUCGUUCAGUAAAAUAAAAUAAAUGUUUUGAAGAUGACAUUACCGAGAACAUGAUUUUAGAAAAAUAAAACCUUUCUGUGAUUUUUGAAAAUUGAGAAACAUUUUGUCUCAGAGCGGGGGAUUGUCCUCGCCUUAUACGCCCUCUUUCCUUGUUUUUUUUUUACCUGACGAAUAAUUAAAGGAAAUACUUAAACAUACAA